GUGAUGCAAUUCAUUGGUGAUUCACGAAGAACACAUUCGUUGUAUUGUAUUUCGAAGGACUCGAACGGUGAAACUUUCAUCGAUCGCGCUCAUAUCGAGCGAAUUCAUCAAGGAAAGCGUGGUGUGAAUGAUGUAUGCUCAUGGGCUGGUCAUAUCGCUGAAUGUCAAGUCGGUGACAUAUAUCCAGCUGAAAUAAGGGUCAGCACAACGACUAAGCUGAGCGAAUCAGUCAGAGUCUUUAUUGAAGCACCAUUUCGAGACGGGAUUGAGCGUCGUCAUGAAUUGGUGGUUUGUAUGGCACCAAUGUACACGUAUACGGACUGGCAGAUAAUGCUAUUGGGCAUCGAAAAUUGGUUGUACUUAGGUGCGACGAAGAUUGUUAUUCCAAUACAGUCUGCAUCGACGAAUACGUUGACUAUCCUGAAGGAAUACGAGCGAGCUGGAAUCGUGAUCCUGCGCCAUUGGCCCAAAUGGCCUAUUCUGUCAGACGUUAAUCCCAACGGACUUGUACUAUCCAGAGGUAUUGAAGAAUCUCAUGUGAAUUGUCUCUUCUUCGUGAAACCGUGGGCCGAUAUGGUGGUGUUCACGGAUUUAGAUGAUAUGUUGAUACCAAUCAAUCCUAUGAAUGUUCAACCGAGAGCGAAUAUUCAAAUUCUUCAGAGAAUUAUGAGAGAGCAUCCUCAAGCUGGAUCACUGCUCUUCGAACAAGCAGACGUUCAGUUGAAACUGCCGAAAGAAGAGGAUCAUAGCGAACUUCGAAAUUUCAAUUUCGACUUUCUCAGAGAAACAAAAUGGAAGAAGAACUGUGCUCUUGCACGAAUGAAAACGCGUGUGGCAGUGAAUGCGAGUCGAGUAGAUAGUGUGAAUAUGCACGAAACUGGAAUCCACAGGUUUGGAUACGUUCAGGUACGGGUACCGUGCCAUAUGGCUCAUUUCUACCACUUGAGACAUUCGUACAGAGAUGUGGAACAUGGUGCACGAAUUGACAUGAACAAUCUUGUGGAUAAUUUGAACAGGGCUUUUGAAAACAGACUGCAAACGGUACUGGCGAAAAUUGCAAGUGAAAAGCUGAAUAAAUCAUCGACAGAAUCAUUCGCAGACUUUGACGAUUGCGUGAUUGCGAUCAACCGAGAGCAUAUGCGUUUGAGGGUUUCCAGGUGUAUGACGCCGCAUGUUUGCUAUUCCCGACUGAAUAGAGAUAUGGACUGCGUGGCAUCAGAAGGCGAAUUUGAAUUUGUACAUUCCGAUGGAGACUUUGUUAUUGUUUUGACGAAUGCUCGAUAUACACGUGCAGAACGUAAUUGUAUAGCACCGAAUUCGAAAUUCACCAAGGGAGAUUAUUUCUAUUUGCCAUAG